AUGAUGUUCGCUCAGAUCCUACUCGCCCUCGCCCUUGCGACUUUCUCCCUCGCGUACCAAGUUACUUCGCCUGGUGGGUCCCAAAGUUGGACCACAGAAGGGUCCCAGCUCGCCACAUGGACACGCGUGGAUACCGACCCGCUGAACUUCACUGCUGUCCUCACCAACGAGGAUCGCAGCGUUAUGCCCCAAAAUAACCAGAUCCUCGCCGCCUUGGUUGACGGCACUCUGGAACAGAUUCGGUUGAACCCGCCCAACGGCGGGUGGCCUACCGGAAAAGGCUUCAGGCUUAAUUUUUGUCGGGACUCUCAGAGCCUCGAGGCGAUUCUUGCCCAGUCCAAUCAGUUUGAUAUAGGCCAGACCACUUCGACCCCCCUCAGUACCCCUCGUUCAACUACUACCCCUGUCGUAAACACCAUUCCCGCUGCUACGAUCACCCAAACACCCCCCACCACCAGUGUUGGCGCUGCUAACCCCGCGCAGACUUCGAAUGGUGCCAUGUCCGUUGAAGCGAAAAAGGGCGGGAUUCUAGGUUUGAUGGGGUUCCUGGCGUUGAUGGUCAUGUAG